UUUUUACCGUCAACAGUAUAAUGAAGGUUUUCGGUGCUAUUUUUAUUCUUGAAAACCUAGGAAAUGCAACGCUGGGCAAAUGUCCUCCGAAUCUAGUUUGCCCCACAUUAAAAAUUUGUUAAGUUUAAGAGGCAUACCUAACAAUUGUGUAGGUAUAUUGAAAGUAUGUAUUAAUUGCAUUGAAAGUUAAAUGUGUUUCUUUUACCAAAGGAAUUUUUCACAAUUUUUUACUUUAAUAUUACUUUCUUACCGAACUUAGCACCGCAAACCCUAUUAUAAGAACGCUUUGUGAUCUUCUUUUAUAAGUGUUCCUUAACAUUGAAUAAUUCGAAUAUUUAGGGGAACUCACUAAACUGUUAGGCUGUGUAAUUUUUAAAACCAAAUUUAAAUAUAUAUUUUAUAAUCUGGCUAAAGUAAAAAGAUUUGGCGGGGGAAAAUCGAGCUGCUUGCAGCCCUGGUGAACUCUUUUGUUAUCGGUUAUCGGCGGACAGCUGACUGGCGGCAUUCCGAAUUUAUAAACAAUUUGGAAAAUUGCAAUUUGCAAACCUUUUGGGCAAAAUGGACUACGACUUCAAGAUGAAAACGCAGAUAGAGCGUACCAAAGUGGAGGACUUGUUCAACUACGAGGGCUGCAAGGUGGGGCGCGGAACCUACGGCCACGUCUACAAGGCCAAGUGGAAGGAGACGAGCGAUGGCAAGGAGUACGCCUUGAAGCAGAUCGACGGCACUGGGCUGUCCAUGUCCGCCUGCCGCGAGAUCGCGUUGCUGCGCGAACUGAAGCAUCAGAACGUGAUAACCCUAAUCCGGGUUUUCCUGUCGCACAACGACCGCAAGGUGUUCCUGCUGAUCGACUACGCGGAGCACGACCUCUGGCACAUUAUCAAGUUCCAUAGGGCGGCCAAGGCCACAAAGAAGCAGGUGGUUGUGCCGCGGGGCAUGGUGAAGAGCCUGCUGUACCAGAUCCUGGAUGGGAUUCACUAUCUGCACAGUAACUGGGUGUUGCAUCGUGAUCUGAAGCCUGCCAACAUCCUGGUGAUGGGCGAUGGCAACGAGAGGGGUCGCGUCAAGAUCGCCGACAUGGGUUUCGCCCGUCUCUUCAAUGCCCCGCUGAAACCCCUGGCAGAUCUGGAUCCGGUGGUGGUCACCUUUUGGUACCGCGCCCCGGAACUGCUGCUCGGAGCUCGUCACUACACCAAGGCCAUCGAUAUCUGGGCUAUUGGCUGCAUUUUCGCCGAGCUGCUCACUUCGGAGCCUAUCUUUCACUGCCGCCAGGAGGACAUCAAGACCAGCAAUCCGUAUCACCACGAUCAACUGGACCGCAUCUUCAAUGUGAUGGGCUUUCCGCAGGACAAGGACUGGGAGGACAUCAAGAAGAUGCCGGAACAUCACACGCUCACCAAGGACUUUAAGCGCUCCACCUACUCCACCUGUUCGCUGGCCAAAUACAUGGAAAGGCACAAAAUCAAGCCGGACAGCAAGGCCUUCCACCUGCUGCAGAAGCUGCUGCUCAUGGACCCCAACAAGCGCAUCACCUCCGAACAGGCCAUGCAGGACCAGUACUUCCAGGAGGAGCCGCUGCCCACGCAGGACGUGUUCGCCGGCUGCCCCAUUCCGUAUCCCAAGCGUGAGUUCCUCACCGACGACGAUCAGGAGGAUAAGACGGAAAACAAGCGCCAGCAGCAGCAACAGCAGCAGCAGCAGCAACAACAGCAGCAACAGCAACAACAACAGCAGCAAAUGAACGCGGAACCGAAUGCCAAAAGGGUUCGAUUGUCUGGUCAGGGCAACCAGCAAGAUUUCCACCACCAGCAGCAGCAGGCCCAGCAGCAACAACAACAACAGCAGCAGCAACAGAUGAUGUUCAAUCAGCAGCAGAAUUUCCAGCAGCGCUUUAACUGAAAGACUGAUAAAUGCAGCAUUUUUUCUACCCCUCUCACAACUACUCCCUAGCCUUCUAAGUAUUUAAUGACUUUAGCGCGUAGCAAAUACAAGCCAGUAAAGUGU